AAAGGAGGGCAGGCCCGCGCAUCGCCUGCCAGACGCGCCUGUGCAGCCGCCCGAGGGGCGCUGGGAUAGAGAUGGAGACUCCGGGCUCGGGGACCCGGGACUUGUCGCUCCCGGCUGCGUCCGGGCGGCCGAGGAAGCGCGCGGCGAGCGAGUUGGGGGCUGCGUCCAGCAAGCCUCGGGUCCUGGACGAGGAAGAGUUUAUCGAGGGUCUGCAGAAGGUCAUUCAGAGGGAUUUCUUCCCUGAUGUGGAGAAGCUGCAGGCGCAGAAGGAGUACCUGGAGGCCGAGGAGAGCGGCGAUUUGGAACGCAUGCGCCAGAUCGCCAUCAAGUUUGGCUCCGCUCUGGGCAAGAUGUCCCGAGAGCCUGCGCCUUAUGUGACCCCCGCCACAUUUGAAACCCCUGAAGUGCACACAGGCCCUACUGUGGUAGGCAACAAGCUCAGGCCCCGAGGCCGAGGCCUGGAGGAUGCAGGGGAGGCUGCCGAGGAGGAGGAGGAGAAGGAGCCACUGCCCAGCCUGGACGUCUUCCUGAGCCGCUACACCAGUGAGGACAACGCCUCCUUCCAGGACAUCAUGGAGGUGGCCAAGGAAAAGAACCGAGCCCGACACGCCUGGCUGUACCAGGCCGAGGAGGAAUUCAAGAAGAGACAGAAAGAUAACCUUGCGCUCCCGUCGGCAGAGCACCAAGCCAUCGAGAGCAGCCAGGCUGGCGUGGAGACCUGGAAGUACAAGGCCAAGAACUCCCUCAUGUACUACCCUGAGGGUGUCCCUGAUGAAGAGCAGCUGUUCAAGAAGCCCCGUCAGGUGGUGCAUAAGAACACGCGCUUCCUCCGGGACCCCUUCAGCCAGGCCCUGAGCCGGUCCCAGCUGCAGCAGGCAGCCGCCCUCAACGCCCAGCACAAACAGGGCAAGGUGGGCCCUGAUGGCAAGGAGCUGAUCCCCCAGGAGUCCCCCCGUGUGGCUGGCUUUGGAUUCGUUGCGACGCCUUCUCCUGCCCCUGGUGUCAAUGAGUCCCCGCUGAUGACCUGGGGGGAGGUUGAGAACACCCCAUUGAGAGUAGAAGGCUCUGAGACACCCUACGUGGAUAGGACUCCUGGGCCAGCUUUCAAGAUCUUGGAGCCGGGCCGCAGGGAGCGGCUGGGGCUGAAGAUGGCCAAUGAGGCAGCUGCCAAGAACCGGGCCAAGAAGCAGGAGGCCUUGAGGAGAGUAACGGAAAAUCUGGCCAGCCUCACCCCCAAAGGCCUGAGCCCAGCCAUGUCCCCGGCUCUGCAGCGCCUUGUGAGCAGGACCACCAGCAAGUACACAGACCGCGCCUUGAGGGCCAGCUACACACCGUCUCCAGCACGCUCCACCCAGCUCAAGACCCCCGCAAGUGGGCCGCAGACCCCCACGAGUACACCGGCCCCUGGCUCGGCCACACGCACGCCGCUGACACAGGAUCCGGCCUCUAUCACAGACAACCUGCUGCAGCUCCCCGCUCGGCGCAAAGCCUCUGAUUUUUUUUAGGGUUGGGCCCGGGCCAGGCCCACGGACACUUACAGAGCCUGCUGGGCAGCUCUCUGCCCAGUGGAGAGAGGACUCCAGCCACCAGGGACCCAGGCCCGGGCCAGCAGCAAUUGGAACAUGAUGGCUGCAGCGGGCAGUGCCUGUACCUGCCCAGUGGCACUGGCGCGCUCUGCCAGGUGCCAUGCCCUGAGCCUUCCUGGAACUCUUUUCUAUGGAGCUCCCCCCAGGCUGUUAUUAAAGAACAGCUGGCUGGCUCAGGGGGAA